CAUGGAUAAAUUGAAAUGCUUUCUGUUUCCUUGGAGCAGCAAAAGUCCAACGAGGACUCUACGUUUCAUGAGGAGAACAUGGUUAUGUCAGUAGCUGAUUUGUUCAUGGCUGGAACUGACACCACAUCAACCACCAUCAGAUGGGGGCUCAUCUACUUGACACAAAACCCAGAUGUACAAGAGCGAUGUCAUGAGGAGAUUGUUCGGGUACUGGGUUACGAUCACAUGCCCAGCAUGGAUGACCGUGACAAACUACCGUACACCAACGCCACUGUUCAUGAGUUUCAGCGCUUUGGCAACAUUGUACCCACUAACCUGAUGCAUGAAACAACUCAGCCCACAAAACUACGAGGAUACGACAUUCCCAAGGGCACCGAGAUACUGACCAACUUAACAGCAAUUUUAUCUGAUAAGGACCACUGGAAGUAUCCAGACACUUUUAACCCAGAGAAUUUCUUAGACGAUAACGGACAUUUCUUCAAACCAGAGUCUUUCCUCCCUUUCUCCUUGGGUCCGAGGGUGUGUCCCGGUGAGACCCUGGCGAAGAUGGAGCUCUUCCUCUUCAUCACUUCUCUCUUGCAGCGGAUUCGUUUCUCCUGGCCUCCUGGUGUGCAGAAGCCAGACAUGAAUGGGAUUGUCAGUUUGGUCCGCUCUCCUGAACCAUACGACAUCAUCUGCCACAGCAGAGGCUAAUAAAAUUGAUUAUCAGUAACCUUUCUGACAAUAGAGGAAUAGUUCACCCAAAAAUGAAAAUUAUCCCAUGAUUUACUCACCCUCAAGCCAUCCUUGGUGUAUAUGACUGACUAUCUUUCAGACGAACACAAUCGGGUUAUAUUAAAAAAUAUCCUUGUUCUUCCAAGCUUUUAUAAUGGUAGUGAAUAUUGGGCAUGUUUUGAAGCCCAAAUAAAUGCAUCCAUCCAUAAUAAAUAUAAUCCAUACGGCUCGAGAGAGUUAA